UAUUCGCCCAACUUUUCCUCUACAGUCAAACAACAGGGCCCACACUCCCCCUUUUAUUUUCUCUUUUUAUCACCACUCCAUUUUUUCCACUAACCAAGAUGGCAGUCUCAAUCACUGUCCUCGCCGCCGUCAUCUCCCUCCAUCUCAUCGCCUUCGUCCUCGCCAUCGGCGCCGAGUCUCGCCGGAGCACGGCGAAAGUGGUGCCGGAUAAGUAUGAUGAGAGGAGCUAUUGUUUGUACGAUUCCGAUGCGUCGACGGCUUAUGGAUUGUCGGCGUUUGGACUGUUGUUGAUAAGCCAGACGGUUGUUAAUGGUGUUACUAAGUGUUUUUGUUGCGGUAAAGGAUUGGUUGCUGGCUCUUCUGUUACUGCUUGGACCGUCUUCUUUUAUGUCUUCUCUUGGGUAAGCUUCUUAGGAGCAGAGGCAUGCUUACUGGCAGGAUCAGCAAAAAAUGCAUACCAUACCAAGUAUCGAGGUGUCUUUCAUGUAGAUCGUGUAUCAUGUUCUACCCUUCGCAAAGGUGUGUUUGCUGCUGGGGCUGCACUGACAUUGCUAUCCAUGUUUGGAUCUAUUCUGUACUAUUGGACACAUUGCAAAGCCGAUACUGGUGGAUGGGAAAAGCACCAGAAUGAAGGACUUGGUAUGACCAGUCCUAUUUCUACAGAGAAUCAACAAUUACCUAGUCAGUAUGGAAAAGUGUAAUCAUUGCUCUAUAAACUUAAAUGUUAUUCGAAAACUUCUAGUGUUGAAAAAGUUAUUGAUCACGAUGAUGGAUUCUAUCGGGACUUUAAUUUGUUCAUAGUAUUUAUAGUAGAUAAGUAUAAAGUUCUGUUCGCACAUAAUUGUCUCUUCCUUUCUGUAUCGUUAUAUUUGAACUGAAAUGUUCAAUGUGCUUCUUUGGA